AUGGCCACGCAACAGAAUGGCACCGCGAAUGGUGUCAACGGCGACGCCCCUGCUGGCCCAGUCAGCACCCGAUUCACAGACAUCCCUUCCGCCAUCGACAUCCCCGUGCAAGGCGACCAAGAGGACGAAGCCGUCGAGAUCGAUCUCGAGGACCUGGUCGAUGAUCCCACCGAACUCUGUACCCUUUUCGAAAACGAACGCGCCGCCAAGACAUACUGGAUGACGGUCGCUCUGGCAUAUGCCAAACAACACAAGAUCGACCAUGCCAUCGAGAUGCUCCUCCGAGGCGGAAGCGCCAUCCAGAGCAACAGCACAAACCCGCGUGAUAAGGUUAGCAUGAUCUGCUGUCUGUGCUGGAUGUAUCUGUGGAAGAGUCGAGAGGCGCCUCGAGUUGCACCCGACGGCACUCGAGUAUCCGAAGCCAAGACCAAGGAGUACUACCUCCAGCUCGCGACAUCUUCCCUGAACGACGCCGCCCGACUGAACCCAUCAUUCCCACCCAUUUUCCUCGCUAGAGGUGUUCUAUUGCUCCUGAGAGCGUCGCUGCAAGCCCCGUCUAAGACCGCUGGUGGUAUUGGUUCAGAGAAGCAUGAGCUCUUGAAGACUGCCGUCAAGUCUUUUGACGAUGCUCUCAGGGUCUCGCAGGGAAAGAAUAUGCUGGCUUUGAUGGGAAAAGCGCGGGCUCUGUUUUCUAUGCACAAGUACCCCGACUCGCUUGCGAUUUACCAAGAUGUUUUGCACAAGAUGCCAGAUUUGGUUGACCCGGAUCCCCGAAUUGGCAUUGGCUGUUGCUUCUGGCAGCUUGGCUUCAAGGAUGACGCGAAGAUGGCAUGGGAGCGAUGCCUGGAGAUCAACCCUAAUUCUAAGGUGGCCAACAUCCUCCUCGGAUUGUACUAUCUUGACGCCAGCGGCCAUGUUCCCGUUAACAGCGACGAAUUCCUCAAGCUCUACAAGAAGGCCAUGACCGAGUACACGCAAAAGUCCUUCAAGCUCGACAAGGACCUUCCUCUGACCUGCUCUACCUUUGCGAACUACUUCCUUUCGAGAAAGGCAUGGGACAAUGCCGACAAGCUCGCACACAAGGCCAUCCAGUACACGGACGUCAACGCCAUUGCUAGUGAUGGCUGGUAUCUUCUGGCCAGAAAGGAGCAUUAUAGCGGCAACACCGAGCGUGCCACCGAUUACUACCGUCGUGCGGAUGAUGCGCGAGGAGGGACAGAGACCGGUUACCUUCCCGCCAAGUUUGGAGUCGCGCAGCUGUCAGUCUUGAAGAAUGACCUUGGAGAAGCCAAGCUCCGUCUGGAGAAGAUGAUUCAGCAGUCAAAGAACCAUGAGGCCAUGAUUCUUCUGGGUACUCUGUAUGCCGAGGAAGUUUUCGCCAACCAGGUUAGCGACAGCAAGGAAGAUAAAUCUGCCGAGCUCAAGAAGGCCAUCACUCUUCUUGAAGGUGCCCGAAAUGCAUGGAAGGACCCAAAGAAGACACUGGCGCCAGAUGCAUCAGUCCUACUGAAUCUAGCACGCCUGUACGAGACAGAUCACCCUGACAAGGCUCUGCAGUGCUUGCAACAGGUGGAGCAACUUGAGCUGGACCAGGUUCCUCCUUCAGAACGCCCAGAAGAUGUAACAGACGAGGCCGAGAUCAAGGCUGCUCUUCGCAAGUCUCUGCCUCCUCAACUGCUCAACAACAUUGGCUGCUUCCACUCGCAAGCUGAGAAACACGAGCUUGCCAGUGAUAUGUUUGAGGCUGCUUUGAGCGCUUGCAUCAAGAUUGGCGAGAAGGAUCCUGACAUGGAUACGGAUGCUCUUGUGUCCACUAUCAGCUUCAACCUCGCCAGAAGCUACGAGUCACGAGGACUUACGGACAAGGCUGUCGAGGUUUAUGAAGGACUUUUGGCUCGCCACGACGACUACACAGAUGCUCGCGCACGACUGGCCUACAUCAAGCUCAGGAAGAACCCCAAUAAAGAAGGCCCUGAUGCUGUUGCCAAGUUGUACCAGGAGAACAACACCGACCUCGAGGUUCGUGCCCUCUAUGGCUGGUAUCUUGGCAGAGUGCACUCAAGGAAACGCCCUUCCAACAUCGGCGAGGACCCGGAAUUCCGCCAUUACAAGCACACUCUUCAAAACUACGACAAGCAUGAUCGACAUGCUCUGGUGGGAAUGGGCAACCUGUAUCUGAUCCAAGCCCGAGAGAUGCGCCGCGAGUCUGAAUCAGACAAGCAAAAGAGGAGUGCAACGUAUGGCAAGGCUGUCGAGUUCUUUGAGAAGGCUCUGUCGCUGGACCCAAAGAACGCAUAUGCUGCACAGGGUAUCGCCAUUGCCCUCGUGGAGGACAAGAAGGACUACAAGUCCGCACUCGGCAUCUUUAACAAGGUUCGGGAAACCCUUAGGGAUUCGCAUCUAUAUGUCAACUUGGGCCACAUCUAUGCCGAGCUGAGGCAGUACUCCAAGGCUAUCGAGCACUACGAGAUCGCCCUCUCGCGAGAUGGCAAAGCUAAUGACCCUGUGAUCCUUGCUUGCCUGGGACGAACUUGGUUGAACCGUGGCCGAUCGGAGCGCGACGUCGAUGCAUACAACAAGGCGCUCGAAUGCGCCCAGAAGGCCCUUGAAGUUGCCCCUGAGCAGGUUCACUACAAGUUCAAUGUUGCUUUUGUGCAGAUUCAACUCGUCACGAUGAUCCAAAAUCUGCCAGAGAACAAGCGCUCAGCAGAGCAGCUUGAGAAGGCCGCCGAAGGGCUUGAGGCUGCCAUCACAUCACUGGAUGAGAUUGCUACUCACCCUCAGACUCCUUAUCCCAAGCACGAUGUCGAACAGCGUGCCAACAUGGCCCGCAACACAUUGCGUAAGCAACUGGAGCGAGCCAUCGGGAAGCAAAAGGAGUGGGAGGAGAAGAACAAGGAGAAGAUCCAAGCAGCCAAGGCUCAACGAGAAUUGGAGCUUAAGCGCCGUGAAGAAGAACGCCAGAAGGUGCUCGAAGAGGAGAAAGAGCGACAAGACAAGAUCAAGAAGGAGCGUGAAGCCAUCGCUGCACGAGACAGACUGCAGGCCGAGAAGCGAGCCGAAGAGGAGCGUGCUCGCAUGGAGGCUGAGAUGACGACGGACAGCGAAACGGGAGAAAAGAUCAAGCGGAAGCGCAAGACUGCACCCCGAGCUUCCGGCGAGAGCAGGCCGAAGCGAUCAGGAGGAAAGAAGAAGAAGAAGGCAGACCGUCAAGAUGACGAGUCAGAGGAGGAGGAGGAGACUCAGCCCAAAAAGCGCCUCCGUCUUGGGAAGAAGGAGUCUCAGAAGUAUAAGAGCCAGGAGUUGGUGUAUAACAGCGAUGAUUCAGACGACGACGACGCGCUCGAACGUGCUGAAAGAAAUAUGGAAAGAGAGGAGACACCUCUAUCAGAGGCAGACGAAAGGGCCGUCGACGACGAUAAGAUGGACGUUGACGAGGAGGCCAACCAGGGGGCCGGCGAUGAGGACGAUGACGAGGAACUCGCUCCGCGCCAACAGCACAAGCGAGCCCGUCGUGGACGUGUCGUCGAGAGUGAUGACGAGGAGGAAGAGGAGGUCCCUGCUCCAGCCAAGAGCGCGUCUGGUGAUGAGGAUGAAGAGCCUCGUCGCGCGGACACGAGCAUGGCAGAUGCGGACGAUGACGAAGAAUAG